AUGGGGCGUGGAGAGCUGCAGCCAAAUAAGGGGGAGAGGUUAGAUGCCGGUGACGGCAAUAGUCAAAAGCAUGCGGCAGCACUUACCACUCAAGGAGUGAAACCCAUCAGAUCUGCUGGCUGGAAGUUUGACUGGUUCAGACAGGAGUCAGUGUCUUCUCCAGCUCAGCUCAUCAGAACCAAUGAACCAGAUGGAGUCCUCAGAGUCUCAGAGGGAGGUGUGUACAGCUGCAGAGGAGGAAGAGGAGAUCCAGCUUUCUACACUGAAACCAGCACAAAGGUCACCAUUGUCUCAACGCCGACUGUGACCCUGCAACCCAGCUGGUCUGAAAUAUUCAGAGGAGAGACAGUCACUCUGAGAUGUGAGAUCCAGGGAGGUGGAGGAGCUCAGUGGACGUAUGAAUGGAGCCCAGCCAACAGAAAGUCUUCAUCAUCCAGUGAAUACAGGAUCAACACAGCUACUGAAUCCUACAGUGGAGACUACUAUUGUAGGGCUAGAAGAGGCUCUGAGCAAACAGGAUGGAGCUCUGCCUUCAGGCUUCCAGUGUUAUCAUAUAAACCUACAGCCACGCUGACAGCAGAUAAAACAGUCCUACCAACAGGGGGCGGUGUAGAACUACGAUGCUCUGUGUCCAGCUCUGCUGGCUGGAAGUUUGACUGGUUCAGACAGGAGUCAGUGUCUUCUCCAGCUCAGCUCAUCAGAACCAAUGAACCAGAUGGAGUCCUCAGAGUCUCAGAGGGAGGUGUGUACAGCUGCAGAGGAGGAAGAGGAGAUCCAGCUUUCUACACUGAAACCAGCACAAAGGUCACCAUUGCUAAACCUCAGCCUGUCCUCUCUGUGUCUCCAUCAUGGCUGAGUCCUGGAGCCUCAGUGACUCUGAGCUGUGGGGGGUUCCAGCAUCCAUCUGCAGGAUGGAGGUUCUUCUGGUAUAAAGCCGUCCCUGAACCAUCCAGCAGCUUCUACAGCUUUGAUCUGAUGCCUGGCAGCACCAACGGGACUGAACAGAACUCCUACCUCAUUAAUGGACAGAAUCACACAGCAGGAUAUGUGUGCAGAGCAGGAAGAGGAGAACCAGUGAUUUACACUGAUUACAGUCAACCAAAGUUUGUCUGGUCUACAGGUCAGUUUCUUCUGUUCUUUCAGGGCGAGUUGGGCUUUCAUUUUGGAUUUUAUUUGACAAUUUGCAUUGCAGGAGAGUGA